CGACGGUUUCGUUUUUCUAUUUUUAUUUAUCUCACUCGUUCUAGUCUCGUCCUAGCUAAAACCAGCCCAAAAUCCCAUAGACCGGCCACCGGAACCGCCGUCUACCGCUGUUCUCCGUCUUGGGGCGCCCCUAGCUGAAAUCUUUAUCCCAAUCCAUCUAGGGGAUCCCGUUUCCUUCUCUUUUCACAUUACCUAGAUAAAUUUUCCCCAAACAAAAACCCUAAGAAGCCCUCGAUCUAGAUUGAAAAAUUGGUACUGCCACCUCCUCAAGGCUACGUUUCCUUUUGGAAAUCAUCUCCUAGCUGCUAAACCUUCUUGGCUUUUCUGGUUUGGGAUUUUUUAUUACGGGAUUUUCUUUGAUCGAGGUUGGGAUUGAAAAUUGCUGGCUGAAGUAUAAUUAUUUUUUGUUGUUGUUGGAAAUUGCUUGCCGUCGAUUCUGUAGGUAUUAACAGCAACUAUGUCAGGGAAUUCUAGUUGCAGUGUCUACAUAGGUAAUUUGGAUGAGAGGGUAAGCGACAGAGUUCUGUACGAUAUUCUUAUCCAAGCAGGAAGAGUAGUAGACCUGUACAUCCCUCGAGAUAAGGAAACCGAUAAGCCCAAAGGAUUUGCCUUUGUUGAAUACGAAACCGAGGACGUUGCUGAUUAUGCUGUCAGGCUCUUUUCUGGCCUUGUUACUCUUUAUAACCGAACCUUGAAAUUUGCGAUCUCCGGGCAAGACAAGUCUUCUCAAAACCCUGCCAAUGCAGCCAUGCCUGCUACAAAUUCAUCCUACAAAUCAAGGCAUUACCAUGGAGUAGUUAACCACAUGGAAACCUCUCAGCAGCCAAAGAAGUCUUCAACCCCUUCUAGGAUUCCGGAUUAUCCUGCGCGUUACAGCCAAGCGCCACCUCCUCCUGGUGUUUCUCACCACUUUAAUGGGUAUGGAUCACAUAUCAAUGAUAUCGAUUAUGAAUACAGUCGAAGGGUUUUUGGGGCAACAUGGGAUAGCAUUAGUCGCCCUAGGUCACGUCGCUAUGACACAAGUGACCCAAUUUCAUAUCCCUUUUACUGAUAUUUAUUAUGACAGCUACAUGAGGGUAAAAUUCUUACAUGAUGCACUUAAAAUUGGACUGUUGUAGUUAUUCAAACAAGAUAGGCUGUAGAGUUGUUAGUCAGAAGGGGUAAAGCUAGGAUUUUUUGUAAGUUAUUUCUUUGGGCCCAGCAUUGUUUGUUUAUCAUACUACAAUUUCAUUGUGUGGUGCUAUUUCAUAUUUUCACAACCUUUCAAAUAUUGUAUUUUUGUAUGGUUAUGACUGCAUAUUUGCUAGUAGAUUGAAACUGAAUGGCAGAUUAUUUUCUUGGCUGAA